AAGACCGGCCACUCGCGGCGCUUUGGGCGCUUCACGCAUGGUGGGUCCGACACCCUUGUGGAUGCCUCCAUGAACACAACGCCAACCUCGGUGCUGGCCCUGUCACAGGCAGAGGAGCGCUCCAGCUGGUCGGGCAGCCAGCAGACCGUGGUGGAGAAGGAGACGGAUCCCAACCUCUCCGCGCGGGGACCCUACCUCCGCCCCACUGCCUGGCAGCAGCCACAGGGAACCCCAAGGCAAGCAAAUGCACUGGCCCCGUGUGGCGCCGAGGUCCGGCACCUGGGCGUGGAGCCGCUGGUGCGGGCAUCACGGGCUAAUCUGGUGGGCACAAGCUGGGGGUCGGAGGAUAGCCUUUCGGUGGCCAGCGCCGCGAGCGCCUUCAGCCUGUACCGAGGACGGGCGCUCUCACUCCACGUCAGCAUCCCCCACGGGGGCUACCGGAGGGAUGACCCCCACAGCCGCCCUGUCUCUCCAAAGCCUGGUGCUGAGCCCCCAAGGUCCCCUGCUGCCCUGCCGCUGACCACCAAGCCACCCAUCCUCCGCUCACCAUCUCCCCUUGCCGGGCCGUGUCUGCCAUCUCCCACUGGCACCACAUGCCAACCUGCUGCUCGUGGCCCUGGUGUCCCCUCCUUCACACCCGUGACCCCCCGCAAGAAGUCCUCAGUGCCGGCUGAGUACCAAGACACUGUCCCCGAGGAGUAUGAGGAGAAGAUCAAGAAGCCCAAGUCCUCGGGGUACUCGCAGGGCAGCACGCAAGAGUCCCGUCCCCAGACACCCAUGAGUGACGCCUCUGGCCGCAUCUCUGUACGGGCAUCCCCCAAGCUGGUGCGUUCUGGCUCCAAAAUCUUUGAGAG